CAGAACGCGUCGUGUGCGGUUAGAUCUGAUUCAGCCUUGUCAACGCGUAAAUUGAUUUCUUGGACAAAGCCUCGCGCGUCGCACUUUCACCAAGUCGGCUUCCAAGCAAGGAAACCUCAGCUUCAGAUACUGAGACGCAGUGAAGCUCUAAAUCGACCUAUUGAUAGAUCAAAUAAGCGGCCCGACGACACAGUCCAUCGACAGCAACCGCCACAAUGGCCGGCGGCGUACAGGGCUUCGUGAACAAAAAACACCAGCAAUAUGGCGGCAACGAGAACGAGGCGGCUGCCACAGAGGCUCAACUCCAACAACGCAAGGCUGCUGUUCGGGAACUGGGAUUGAAAGCCCCGGGGCCGGCAGCUGGUUGGAGGAGCCAGUCGAUUUCUGGACCCGGCGUGCCAUUUCGAGAUGCGGUCACUGACACUGCCAGAGCGGGCUCUCUACUCGCCAUGCAACAGGCUGGUGCCCAGGAUGGCUUUGCUACGCAAGGCAGGAACCAAAUCAACGGACAGGGCCAAGCCUAUACUCAAAAGGAACCGCAGUCUCUGUGGGCUGAAUCGAGUCUGGGAUCUGAUUCGAUGUUCACUGUCAGAGAUGGGCCACCCGGUCACUUGUACAGCGAUGACGAGUUGGAAGAUACCCAAGGUCGACACGUCGAGGGACAAGAUCAAAAUGUUGGAUUAUCCGACCAACGAUCUGACAGUGAUCCAGAAGAGGAGGAAGUCGAUCAGAACAUCGCCGGAUACCACAAUGCCAACCCCAGACAGCCGGGGCUAAACCAAGCCAACAUCCCAAUGAGAGGGGUCAAUACACGCCGCUUCGAAUCUAAGCAACAGCAGCGACCUGUUACGGAAACCGCUCCUUCAAUCGGUAAAAGGGCGGCGAAUGGCUCUGGAAAGAAUUACAACCAGAAAAAUAUGUCAGGACGUCUGGGACACCAAGUGCAGGAAGAUGGAGGCCAGCAACAGGAGGUAGAUGCGUUUGCUCCAUCUGAAGUCGACGAAGAUACCAUGCACUCGAUCGAUGGGAAUGGUGGAAAGCAACCCCGGAAGGGUUCCAAACGGCAAGCAGAUGAUAUUUCCAGUGUCGACUUCGACCAAGAGACCCUCUUCAAUAUGUCAUACGCAGACCUCAAGAAGCAGCCAUUCGAUGAGGAUCCAAACCAGGCCGAAAACCCGUCACUGACAGGUCUCCCCAAAUCCCUCGACGCGCGCAUGAAGUUGUUCAAGUAUGCGCCAGCGGAAAACCAAUUGGCUUUUCUCGCCACGCUGUCCAUCGACGAGUGGGAGGAGGCGGGUGAAUGGCUCAUGAAGCAGUUUGGCACUGUGAUGGACAAGUUCGCGGAUGCUCGACGUGAGAGACGGAAGAUUGCGACUGGAUUUGAGGACAGGCUUGCUGCGAGGGAUGCAGAGGUCAGGGAGAAGACUGAUGGUGUGACGGCCGCGUUGAAGGACUUUAAAAAGGGAGGACAGGAGUUGCUGAGGAGGAAGACGCCGACUUAGGGUGGCUCACGAGAUGUACUUUUUGUUAUUUACGAUUUGCUAGAAGGGCUCGAAGAUGACAUGGCAUGUAUUUAGUUAGAGCAAGCACAGGACGGUGGCGCAAAAAGGAGGGGGGGCUAUUGCUGCAUCAUAUACCCAUUUGCUUUAUCUACGGCUUUCAAUCAAAUCAGAUCUCAUAUCUGCUGCACCUCUUGCACACGUCUAUCUCUCCCAACGAUCAGCCUCAACUGACUCCCCU